AUGAUAUUAAUAUACGUUAUAUUUUCAUUAGAUAUAAUAAAUGGCUACUGUUUCAACGCGGCUUUUAUACGCAAAACUCUGGAAUUAGGCGGAUCAUUUACAUUCCUAGGAGUCGCAGGCUUCUUCGCAUCCACUCUGAGCUUCUUCUGGAAACCAACAGCCGGCAGCCUCGGCGACAGAAACGGCCCCUCUAAGCUACUAACCCCCUGCAUUUUGGCCAAUUUACUCGCCUUCACUUGCACCUACUUCAGCAACUCCUUGACCCACUUGCUACUAUGCAGAUUGAUUUUAGCUUUUUCGAGCCCCACCCAAUCGCUCCUUCGCACGAUCGUCACCAACACCAGCAAAACCCAACAAUCGGAGAAUCUCGCCAAAUUGGGCAUCGCGAUGCCCAUAUCGGUCAUUAUCGCCUCACUCGCCUACGGCCAACUCUCCGAACUCCCCAAUGGCGUCCACUACAUCUUCGCCAUAAUCACAGCGAAUGCUUCCAUAAGCCUAACUAUAUCGAAACUCCUUCCGAAGGAAACACCCCGAGUGCUCCAAACCCGAUCGACUUUGAGCGAAAUCCAAUCGAGCCUGCGAAAGUUGCGGAGCCUAUCGACGUCCGGCGCCUACUGGGACGUGUUCCUGAUCAAAGCUCUAGCAGCUUUGAGCUUCGGGGCGAUCGAGAGCAACGGGGUGUUGAUAUUCGAAGCGAAAGGUUUCACCGGAAAGAACGCCGGGUAUCUAAUGACCGUGAUGUUCGUCACGGUGUUUCUAACGAAUGUAUCGCAAGUGAAGAUCAACAGGAGGUUUUAUAGCGACGAUACGGGGUAUCUGAGAUUGUCCCAUGCGAGCGCUUUCAUAAUUAUCUGUAUGCUCGUGCAGGGUUUCAACGAAAGCGCGUGGGUUUUUGGAUUAUUUGUAGUGAUAUCGGGGAUCGGUAGGUGCGUUUUGGAGCAGUCCAUGAUGGAGCUGUUGUUGAGUAAAGUCGAAGGCGACGAAAAGGGGAUGUUGUUGGGUAGUUUCGAUAGCAUUCAAUCCGUUACCGAGCUGUUCGUUCCGUUAUUAAGCGGGGUGACUUUGGAGUUUUUGGGUCUACCCGCUCUGUUCGCGGUUUCAUCGAUUUUGCUUUCGCUCGAAUGCGCUUUGGCUUAUUCCAGAAGGAACGUCGGAAACUUGAAGAAAGUAAAUUAA